AUGCCUGGCUCCACCGACGUAUCCCUCGAGGGGAAGGCCGCCGAGUAUCAGCUCGAAGAUGCGCGGAUCUCGUCCUAUGAUGAAAAGCACCCCGAUCGAGAGAUGGCUAUUGCAAGCCCUCUCUCGUUCGAAGGAAUUGAUGAAGCCGCCGUUCUGCGCAAAAUGGAUCUACGAUUGAUUCCCAUGUUGAGUAUUCUGUACCUGCUGGCUUUCUUGGAUCGAGGCAACAUUGGCAAUGCCAAGGUGGAGGGUUUGAUCGAGGAUCUGAACAUGACGGGACCGCAGUUCAAUUGGACAUUGACGGUCUUCUUCUUCACAUACUGCGUUUUUGAACUGCCUAGCAACUUGAUGUUGAAGAAACUGCGGCCAUCACGGUGGCUCCCAUUGAUCAUGGUUGCUUGGGGUGUCGUUAUGACACUGAUGGGUAUCGUUCAAAAUUACGGGGGUCUCCUCGCGACCCGUCUCGCACUGGGCAUUGCAGAGGCUGGACUUUACCCCGGUGUCGCGUACUAUAUUACAUUGUGGUAUCCUCGUCAACGAGCUCAAUUCCGUCAGGCGCUCUUCUUCAGCGCUGCUAGCGUUGCUGGUGCUUUCUCCGGACUCCUGGCUUACGCCAUUGCUAAAAUGGACGGCAUCGCCGGCUUGGCUGGCUGGCGCUGGAUCUUCAUUCUUGAGGGUCUUCUCACCGUUGCCGUGGCUUUUGUUGCCCCAUUCGCCAUUCAUGAUUCUCCCGAGACUGCAAAGUUUUUGACUGAGCAGGAACGGGCAUGGGUAAUGUACUCUUUGCGCACUCAAAACUCGGUUGAUGCACGCGAGGUUGUUCGGGAUGAGUCCGCCUUCAAGGUACAAUAUGUCAUCGACGCGUUCAAAGACUGGCAGAUCUGGUUGGGAUUGUUGAUGUAUUGGGGAAUUACGUGCCCACUGUAUGGCAUCUCAUUUUUCCUGCCUUCCAUCAUCAAAGACCUGGGAUACAAGUCAUCCACGGCACAACUCUUGACAGUGCCUAUCUAUAUCACCGCUGCCAUUGUUGCCGUCAUCGCGGCCUGGUUCUCCGACCGACGCAAAGAACGCUCGCCUUCCAUUCUAUUCUUCAUGUCUUUAAUAGCCAUCGGCUUCAUCAUCGUCAUCGCAUCAACUGGGCGCAACGUACCGGGAAUCUAUCCCGCUUUCCCUGGCAACGUCACUUGGUUGAGCGUCAACAUGGCCGGAGACUAUAAGCGUGCCGCCGGCAUGGCAAUUCACAUCGGACUGGGAAAUCUUGCAGGAGCCAUGUCCUCGAAUUUUUACCGCGCCAAAGACGCCCCGAAUUAUUUCAUGGGCCAUGCUCUCGAGCUUGGCUUCGUGGUAGUGGGCAUGAUCGCAGUAGUGAUCAUGCGCUUCACCUACAAACGCAUCAACACCAAGCGCGAUCAGCUCGAUCCUGCACUGUAUCCCAGCGAUCCCGAUUCUCUGGGCGACCGGUCUCCUUUAUUCAGAUACAUGCUCUAG